AUGACUCCUCUCCUGCCCACACUCUCUCUCCUCCUGCUGGUGGCCGUUAACCCUGUAAACGCCAACGGUUAUUAUGACAAGAUUUUGGCUCACAGUCGCAUCAGGGCCCGGGACCAGGGCCCCAACGUCUGUGCCCUUCAACAGAUCUUAGGCACCAAGAAGAAAUACUUCAGCACCUGUCGGAAUUGGUACCAAGGUGCCAUCUGUGGGAAAAAAACGACCGUGUUAUACGAAUGCUGCCCGGGGUAUAUGCGAAUGGAAGGGAUGAAAGGGUGCCCAGCAGUGAUGCCCAUUGACCACGUGUACGGCACGCUGGGCAUCGUGGGGGCCACCACGACGCAGCGCUACUCCGACAUCUCGAAGCUGAGAGAGGAGAUCGAGGGGAAGGGAUCCUACACCUACUUUGCUCCCAGCAAUGAAGCCUGGGACAACUUGGAUUCUGAUAUCCGCAGAGGUUUGGAGAGCAACGUCAACGUUGAGUUGCUGAACGCCUUGCAUAGCCACAUGGUUGACAAAAGGAUGUUAACCAAGGACUUAAAAAACGGCAUGGUUGUUCCUUCGAUGUAUAACAAUCUGGGGCUUUUCAUUAACCAUUAUCCUAACGGGGUGGUCACUGUCAACUGUGCCCGGAUCAUACACGGGAACCAGAUCGCGACCAACGGGGUCGUGCACGUCAUCGACCGCGUCCUCACGCAGAUUGGGACCUCGAUUCAAGACUUCAUCGAAGCUGAGGACGACCUCUCGUCGUUCAGGGCGGCUGCCAUCACCUCCGACAUCCUGGAAGCCCUGGGGAGGGACGGCCACUUCACACUCUUUGCUCCCACCAACGAGGCCUUCGAGAAACUCCCGCGCGGUGUCCUGGAGAGGAUCAUGGGCGACAAAGUGGCUUCCGAAGCGCUCAUGAAGUACCACAUUCUAAACACCCUCCAGUGCUCUGAGGCCAUCAUGGGGGGCGCCGUCUUCGAGACCCUGGAAGGAAACACCGUGGAGAUCGGUUGUGACGGGGACAGUAUCACCGUCAACGGGAUCAAGAUGGUGAACAAAAAAGACAUCGUGACGAAUAACGGCGUCAUCCAUCUGAUCGACCAGGUCCUGAUUCCUGAUUCCGCCAAACAAGUCAUUGAGCUGGCGGGGAGUCAGCAAACCACGUUCACAGACCUCAUCGCCCAGCUGGGCCUGGCAUCGACGCUGAGGCCGGACGGGGAGUACACGUUGCUGGCUCCUGUGAAUAACGCGUUUUCUGAUGAUACUCUGAGCAUGGAUCAGCGCCUUCUGAAGUUAAUUCUGCAGAACCACAUACUGAAAGUAAAGGUUGGCCUCAAUGAGCUUUACAACGGACAAAAGCUCGAGACUCUUGGAGGCAAACACCUCAGAGUCUUCGUGUAUCGCACAGCUGUCUGCAUCGAAAACUCCUGCAUGGUGAGAGGCAGUAAGCAGGGGAGAAACGGCGCCAUCCACAUAUUCCGGGAGAUCAUCAAACCGGCGGAGAAAUCUCUCCACGAGAAGUUAAAGCAAGAGAAGCGCUUCAGCAUCUUCCUCAGCCUUCUGGAAGCGGCGGACUUGAAGGAGCUCCUGGCACAGCCUGGGGACUGGACGCUAUUUGUUCCCACCAACGAUGCCUUUAAGGGAAUGACGGAUGAAGAAAAGGAAAUUCUGAUUCGCAACAAAAAUGCUCUCCAGAACAUCAUCCUUUACCACCUGACACCAGGCGUCUUCAUCGGGAAGGGCUUCGAGCCCGGCGUCACGAACAUCCUGAAGACCACGCAAGGAAGCAAAAUCUAUCUGAAGGGAGUGAAUGACACGCUCCUGGUAAACGAACUGAAAUCCAAAGAGUCUGACAUCAUGACCACGAAUGGCGUCAUUCACGUCGUAGACAAACUUCUCUACCCAGCAGACACGCCUAUUGGAAGUGAUCAGCUGCUGGAAAUACUGAAUAAACUGGUCAAAUAUAUCCAAAUUAAGUUCGUCCGUGGUAGCACCUUCAAAGAAAUCCCGAUGACUGUCUACACAACUAAAAUUAUAACCAAAGUUGUAGAACCAAAAAUUAAGGUGAUUGAAGGCAGCCUUCAGCCUAUUAUCAAAACCGAAGGACCCACAAUAACAGAGGUGAAAAUUGAAGGGGAGCCUGAAUUCAGACUGAUUAAAGGAGGUGAAACAGUAACCCAAGUAAUCCAUGGAGAGCCAAUUAUUAAAAAAUACACCAAAAUUAUUGAUGGACUGCCUGUGGAAAUAACUGAGAAAGAGACAAGGGAAGAAAGAAUCAUUACAGGCCCCGAAAUAAAAUAUACUAAAAUUACAACUGCUGGUGGCGACACAGAAGAAACUCUGAAGAAACUGUUGCAAGAAGAGGUCACCAAAGUCACCAAACUCAUUGAAGGUGGUGAUGGUCAUUUAUUCGAAGACGAAGACAUUAAAAGACUGCUUCAGGGAGACACGCCUGUGAGGAAAACUCAAGCCAACAAACGCGUUCAAGGAUCUAGAAGACGAUCGCGAGAAGGCCGUUCUCAGUGAAAACCCAGACCAGACAACAAAGCCGACACGGCCCUAAAUCCUGACCUUAGAGACCAAUCCCGAGAGCCACUGUGACUCCGGGAAAUGAACCACACGCGGCAACAAAAAGCAACCAUCGAACAAUUCUGAAUGCAAAUUUAGUUAUUUUUGUGUCAGGAAAAUCAGGGAAAUUGUGGGGUUAACCUACUGUGGGAUGGGCACUGAGGGAAUUCAAAGAUCUGACGGGCUUUCACAUGUUGAUAUCAGAAGUCCUAGCCAACUUGGGGAUCCAUCAGGGAGAAUCCUUAUCACCGGUUUCAGUGAGACGUAAAUCUCCGUCGUUAGCUGUUAUCCUACUCGGAAGAUUCAACCUUGGGUUCAUUUAGUGGACCGACAAAAUGCAUGCCCCCAGUGACUGCUCCACGGAAAGCUAACCUGUGGAAAAGGGUGCUCAGUAUUAAAAAAUAAUAAUAAUACAAAACUUGUACAUCGAAAGGUUUUGCA